AUGCUAAACAAACCUGUUUUAUCAGGAAAUAUUGGAAAGUGGUUAUUAAGUUUGGCAGACUUUCAUUUGAUUUAUCAUCCCCAGAAGUCGGUCAAAGGUCAGGCUCUAGCAGAUUUCCUAGCCGACCACCCAUGUAUAAACCUAGGAGAUGAAAGUAAAUUUGACUUACCGGUUUUUAUGAAUGAACAUAGACCUUGGAUGCUUAAAUUUGAUGGGUCUAGUACAGAUAGGUCUGCGGGUGCUGGAAUCAUAAUAGUAUCACCUUCUGGAGCUAAGACCUCCUUGUCUUUUAAUCUUGACUUUGAAUGUACAAAUAAUCAAUCUGAAUAUGAGGCUUUGAUUAUUGGAUUAGAAAUCCUCCUAGAUCUAGGUGCUAAAAAGGUCAAAAUAAUUGGAGAUUCUCAAUUGGUUAUUAGACAAGUGUCUGGCGAAUAUAAAUGCAUGAGUUACUCUUUAACUUCUUAUUAUGCUAUUGCUAUACAGUUAAUAGAGAGUUUUGAAGAGGUUGAAUUAGUACAUGUUCCUAGAGAGGAAAAUUGGGAGGCCGAUGAAUUAUCACAGCUAGCAUCUGGCCUACGUCUGUCGGAGGAGUUAACCUACCGACUAGUAAUGGUACAAAGAAAAACUCACCCUUCAAUUUUUAAAAGAGGAGUACAACUAGAUAUUUUCAAUAUUGAUGAUAACUUAGUACAGGAUUGGAGGAGAGAUAUUAAAAAGUACCUGGAGAAUCCUAGCAAGAAGAUGAUGUAUAAAGUAAGAGUGAGAGCUGUUAACUAUGUGCUCAUAGAAGAUGUUUUAUACAGAAGAGGAUUCGACAACCUACUGCUAAGAUGCCUUGGAACUACAAAGGCACUAGAGGUCAUGAAACAAACUCAUGAAGGAGUUUGUGGAGCACAUCAAUCCGGAGUGAAAAUGAGAUGGCUGAUCCGAAGACAUGGUUACUUCUGGCCAUCUAUCCUAAAAGAUUGCAUGACUUUUGCAAAGGGUUGUCAAUCGUGCCAAAGGUAUGGAAACAUACAAAGACUUCCAGCUGCUGAGUUGAAGUCUGUCAUCAAACCAUGGCCAUUCAGAGGUUGGGCCAUAGAUUUGCUAGGUAAAAUAUAUCCUCCAUCUUCUAAAAAUCACAGUUUCAUAAUUGUAGCUACUGAUUAUUUUACCAAAUGGGUAGUCGCUAAGCCAUUGGUAAAGACAGAGCAAAAAGAUGUUAUUAAAUUUAUUAAAGAGGAAAUUAUUCAUCAAUUUGGAAUUCCACAAUCAGUAACUACUGACCAGGGCACAAUGUUCACUGGUAAGGAGAUGCAAGAAUUUGCCACUGAUUAUGGAAUAAAAUUAUUGACCUCUACACCUUAUUAUGCUCAGGACCAAUGGCCAAGCUGA